AUGAGCAGUGUUGAAAUCAUCGGUUCUACAAAUCUUAUAAUUCUUCUAGAGGAUGAAGUCUUUACUGACUUUUUCAACACAUUUCUUUCUCUCCCGGUUUUUGGCCAGACACCAUUUUAUACUGUUGAAAAUUCACAAUGGACCUUGUGGCCAGAAAUACCUUAUGACUUGAUUGCCAAGUACAAAGGAUUAUUGACCUGGUUGGAAAAAUACCGGUUACCCUUCUUCUGUAAAACAAAUUUGUGUUUCCAGUAUAUUCUCUGUCAGGAACUCAUCAGUUUCAUUAAGUCGCCAGAAGGAGGUGAAGAGUUGGUGGAUUUCUGGAUCCUUGCUGAGAAGAUCCUAAGCAUAGAUGAACUGGACAUAGAAGUGAGAGACUACUAUCUGUCCCUUCUCCUCAUACUGAAGGCCACCCAUCUGCAGGAGGGCUCAAGAGUGAUAACUCUCUGCAACAUGAACAUAAAGUCCCUGCUGAACCUCUCCAUCUGGCAUCCCAACCAGUCAACCACCAGAAGGGAGAUCCUGAGCCACAUGCAGAAAGUGGCUCUGUUCAAACUCCAGAGCUAUUGGCUCCCCAACUUCUACACCCACGCCAAGAUGGAAAUGGCCUGCGAGGAAGCGUGCCGUGCUCUGAUGCAGGAAUACGAGACGCGCCUGUGCAGUGUUUGCUAUACUCAUGAUGGAGGGGUCCCUCUGAGCAUGAGCAUCAAAAACUGUAACCACUUCCCAAAGCGGUACUCAAGCAAGAGAACCAAGAGGAAGAUGUGCCAGUUCAUCAGUCCUGGCUCUUGGUCUAUGGAAAUGGCCCCCAAGUCAGAUGUCUACACUUUACCCCUUCAGGAGAAGACUCCUCAGGAGAAGGUGGCUAUACAGAUGCCACCCCUGAAAGGGGUCUCUUUGAAGGAGAAAAUAGUCUGUUCUCCGGAAAAGGAUAGUCACCGUGCCAAGAAGUCCAGUAUAGAAAAGACAUCCAAAAGUUUCCUCCACAUGGAGGACCUCUUUGAGACAAAGUUCUCCACCCGCCUGAGGACGUCAACACCUAUCAUUAAUCACCCCUCCCAGAUUACCAUCAAGAAAGCCAAGAAGCAAAGCCUCUCCUUUGAGUACACCCACUGGGCCUUGUGUGCUGAUGCCUAUGCAGGGAGUCCCUUCCGGGACCACCUGAAAAAGAAUUUGAAAGUGGAGACUCAGCUCCUGGGUCUUUGGCAGGACCUGCACCAUUUCCUCAGUGUACUAAUGAACACCAGGAAGAAUGGGAAUGCAAUCUUUCGUCACAUGCUCGGUGAUAGAAUCUGCGAGCUCUAUUUAAAUGAGCAUGGUCCAUGCUUACCACUCAAAUCUCAAACCAUUCAGGGCCUGAAGAAGCUGCUGCCUUCUGGGGAUGUGAACCCUUGGGUCCCCAAAGCCCAGAAGGAGAUCUGCAAGGCUCUCAGUCCUUGGUAUGAUGAAUUCCUGGAUGACGAGGACUACUGGUUUCUCAUUUUCACAACUCAAACCCGGUUCAUCAAAUCCCAUUGCCACAAAAGAGAACCUAUUAGCAAAGAAGAGAGCACUCUUUUUCAUAAGAGGAUUCAGGAAUCUCUGGAGUUAAGCCAGGCUUUGUCUAACAUGGAAGAAAUAGAUUCUAUGCAGUGGCAAAAGGUAGCUACUGAGGACCUGAGGCAAGGUGGGUCUCUCCAGGUAGAAAUGAAGUCUCCAGUGUUUAUGAAAGAUGUAAGUAAAAUGACCUUUGAGGAACUCUGCUGGAAGAAUCCAAGGAUGGCCGUAGAGAAGAUCAGUGAUGACUACAAAAUAUAUUGUGAGAGAGCGCCUCAGGAAGAUUUUACAGUGGAAAUUAUCAGAGAACCAAAGAUAGUUACACCCCCAUAUAGGAAAAUGUCUUUCGUCAAAAAAGUUGGUGUAAGGAAGCCCUCAGCGAGACCCAGAAACAUGGCAGAAAUCCUCCUAAAUCCACACCACUUGGAAUUCUUCAGGGAGUUCCUCAAGGAACGGAAUGCUGAUAGCCCAUUGGUAUUUCUGGUAGCUGUACAGAAGUUGAGUUUGGAGACCAAUGAAAAGAUUUAUGAAGCUGCAUUGGAACAUGUAAUCAAGACUUUCUUUCAUGGCAAACUCCCUCCUGAAGCAAUGCUGCAGUGCAAUGCCCCUAUCGUGAAAGAAGUCAUGUUCACACGUCGUGUGAGCACAACCACACUGUUAAUGCUCCAGGGCUAUGUCAUGAAAUCUCUGGAAGAAAGGUGGUUGAAAGAAUACCAACAGCUGUUCCCUGCUGUGGAGGUGGAACUUGAAAUACAGAGUUCCCCAAGGAAGCCCUCCAGGUCUAAAAUUUCCCUGCAGGAAAACCAGAAGAAAGGCUGGCUGAAAAUGAUCAGUUUUAUCAAGAGCUUUUGCAAGUACCGCAGAAGUAUGUCAAAUCUCAAUAUGCGCCAGGAUUUCAUAGACUUUCUUCGCCAGGAAAUUCACAAUGCCAAAGAAAAUUUUACCACAUCACCCACCGCAUCAGGACGUCCGACCUCAAUGACCUCAAGUGCUCAAAAUGCAGACCAGGAAAAUGGAGAAACAGCCCUUAUGAAACGUCGGAUAUUUGGCCAUAGGAUCAUCAUUGUCAACUUUGCAGUUAAUGAUUUAUAUUUCUUUAAUGAAAUGGAGAAGUUUAACAAUUUGGUGAGUUCAGCUCACAUGCUGCAGGUCAACAGGGCAUACAACGAGAAUGAUGUGAUCCUGAUGCGGUCAAAACUUAACAUUAUCCUAAAGCUCUUCCUGCAUUCUGACAUUCCUCCGAGGCUGAAGGUGAACCUCUCUGAGUCUCAGAAGGAUGCCAUCCUUGCUGCCAUUUCAGAAGGCCACCUGGACCGGAACAUCUUCCACGGGGCUAUCAUGUCUAUCUUCCCUGUCAUUAUGUACUUCUGGAAAAGGUUUUGUACCCGGAAGGUAGCCCAGUCAUACUUAGCACACAUGGGAAAACAGUUCAAGGAUAAAAAAAGUCCUCCUAAGCCUACACACAAGUAUCCCCCCUGGAGCGGAGGGGACCAUGCUGUCUUAAGGUUCUCCUUGCUCAGAGGUGUCGAGUGGUUGCGGCCUCAACAGCGGGAUCCAUUGAGUCCGGUCCCAAAUUCUUCAUCUAGCAACCUCACCCAGCCAAGACUUGCACUAUCUGCCAUGCAUCUGCAUCCUGUCCAGGGACAAAAAAUAACCUACACCAAAAGGGAGAAGAAGUAA